GAUAAAUAUAUGUGGAGUAUAACAGAUAAUAAACACAAUAGUCAUUUAUUCACUAAAUGGAGUAAAGUAAACAAUGUGCAGAAAAUCAGUGAGACAAUGUUUCAGUUUAGAAUUAAUUUAGAUGGUGAAGUUGAUUUUAGUGAAUGCAGAAGAUUGGCUGUACGAAUAUUUAAUAAAGCUGGUUUAUCAACAAUAAUAUCGUCGGAUAUUAAAAACUGUUCAUCUGUAGAUCCGGUAUUAAUUAUACCGGCUAUUAUUAUAGAUGCUAUAGGACAGCCAUUAAAUAACGAUCCCAACACAAAUGAACUAGGAACAUCAAUUUCUCUGGAUCAGAACGCAGUCUGGUCUAAACCAGAUGUGGACUAUACACCUUAUAAAAAUAUUAUAUCAGCCGUAUGGCUCACAUUAAGACAUAGAAACUAUACUUGGGGUUUACUAGAAGACCCAGCAUUCUCUACUCUAACACAUUUUACUCAACCGAAGAUGAUGAUAAGAGAUCCUUGUUCACAUCCAGAUGUUAUAAAGUGUGGACAAACCGAAAACGAAUACAUCAAUGUAUUAACUCAAAAUACUUUAAAACACGGAAGGCGGUAUUAUAUCUGUAUCCAUGCUGAUGCUGUUGAUGCUAGUCAUGAAAAAUGGACGGAAGAUUUGGAAGAAGUAAACGCAUGUAGUGAUGGAGUAACUGUUGAUUUGACUCCACCAAAUGGUGGUCGGGUGUGGGUGGAGAACUUGAAAGAUUUUAAAUACCAGUCAUCUGACAGUGAUGUAGCUGUUUACUGGGAUAGUUUUCUUGACGUAGAAGAAAAUGGUGGAAAAACUGUUCAUCCAAGUGGAAUAUCAAAAUAUCAUUUAUAUAUCGGUUCUAUACAGGGAGGUGAAGAUAUUGUAACUAAACAUAAUGUUGGUUUGAUAAAUCAUAAAAUAUUCCACCAUCUUUCUUUACAAAAUGGCCACACUUAUUACGUCACUAUAGAAGCAAUUGAUUUUGUAAACAGGACAAAAACCGUUUCAUCUGAAGGUUUCAUUAUUGAUAAUAGUCCACCAGAAACUACAUCUAAACCUAUACAAUUUACUAAUACAUAUAUACAGUCAAAUGAUGUAUUGUCUGCGUGUUGGAGUGGAUCAUUUAAAGACACCGAAAGUGGUAUAAGUCAGUAUCGGUGGGCAAUAGGUACUAGACCAGGUCAUGAAAACAUUAGGGCUUAUAUGAUAACCGAUAAUGAUUGUGAUGAAGCGAACCUAGAACACAAAUUGCAAGAUGGACACGUUUAUUACGUCACAGUUCAGGCCAUUAAUGGUGCAGGGUUAUCUACUACAUUAAUAUCUCGUCCAGUGACAGUAGACACAACUCCUCCUACCACAGGACAUGUCAUCGAUAUUCUUAAUACAAACUAUACCGGAGAUGACGUAGAUUAUAUAACUAACCAAUCACCACUUUCUGUUAGAUGGCAAGGAUUCCACGACCCCCAUUCAUCCAUGCAAUACUAUACUGUUAAAGUUGGUACCUGUGAUGAUUGUGAUGACAUAAUUCCAGAAAUCAAAACAGGAAUAUCUACACAUUUUACCUUUCCACCGUCCAAAUUUACUCCUGGAACAAAAUAUAUCACCACGGUAACAGGGUGCAAUAUGGCUGACAUGUGUACGUCGGCCAUUUCUGACGGGGUAAUAAUUGACGUGACACCACCGGACGUGGGACGAGUUUUAGAUGGAACGAAAGAUUUAGAUGUAGAAUUCCAAGCAACCAGAAACUUUGUUGGUGCCAAAUGGCAUGGGUUUAAAGAUGCACAAUCUGGUAUAGCGAGAUAUGAAUGGAGAGUAGGAACAACCAUUGGAGGCGAAGGGUUACUUAGCCCUCAAGUUUUACCAGUGGUGGAACUGGCCUAUAGAUCUAAUUUACCUAAUAAUAAGCUAUUGCCUAUUGAUACUAGAAUUUAUAUUACUGUUAGAUGUUACAAUAAAGCAGGUUUAUACAGCGAAGUUACAUCAAAUGGUUUUAAGAUCGAUACAACAUUACCAGUAGUAGUACAAAGGGCAGUCCCCGUCUCAUCGUUUAGUUCUAUUUUACCUUCAACUACCAUAUCAAAAUCUAGUAUUAAAAUUGAAUGGAAGUUUACUGAUGAUGAAUCAGAUAUAGAAAGACAAUACAUUUCUAUUUCACCUCAUUUAUUGGGAGAUUUUAAUUCUUCAGCUAUGGAGAUUCCUAGUGUAGUAAAAGAAUUUACAUUUUCUGGUCUAGCUCUACACGAUGGGAGUAAAUAUAAAGUUAAAGUGAUUGGUUGUAAUUUAGCUGGUUUGUGUCUGUCGAGUGUUACAGAUGAUAUAACAGUUGAUUCUACACCGCCUACCAGAGGUAUGUUUGCUAUUGAUACUGACCACGCCGCUAACUUAAACAGAGAUAGGAAUAACUGGAACCACUGGUCUACUACGUCUAUUAAGUUAGCAUGGUUGGGAUUUGCCGAUCUACAUACUGGUAUAACCGAGUAUAAAGUCAGUGUUGGAACCAAACCUUUCUUUACAGAUCUCAACCAGGGCUAUCAACAAACCACGUUUCAACAUGUGGCUGGAGAUAAUUUUAAUGAUGAAGGAGUGGUACAAUCAGUUACAAUAACUACCAAGACACUUCAUAUGGGCAAUUCUGUUUUCAUAUCUGUAUGGGCUGUUAACGGGGUUGGAUUAAAAAGUCAACCUGCUCAUUCUGAAUUUGAACUUGUAGAAGGAGGAAUGUUAGAUUUAGUCAGGAGAUGUCAACCGUAUAAUUGUCUUGGACAUUGUGUUUGUGCUGGACAAGACAAAACAUGUUCAGAUGCUGACAACUGUAGAGACAUCUCAACAGGGAAUCCAAAUAAUAUUAUCCAAGUUACUGACAUGACUAAUUUGAUGUCAUAUGAUGCUGCACAGACUUACUACACAUCGUCUGAUAAUUUUCUAGCUGCCAGAUGGAGGAUAAUAAACCCACAAGGUAUCUCUCCUAUAAGAUAUGAAUGCAGUGCCGGUCAUUCCGGUGAAAAUUUACCCAGUGGAAUAUAUGACACUGAUACAGAAAGGACAUGGUUUGAUGUUGGUGAAAAUACCGAAACUAUAAUAACUUUACCUACAGCUAAAGUUUUAGAUAAGUCUGUGCCAUAUAGUGUAUUUGUGAGGGUAUGGUAUAAUGCAAAUCAAUAUGCGAUAUUUAAGUCUCCUGGUAUUACAGCACUGAUGUCUGCUCCGAGUGUCAGUCACAUAGCGGGAGCUGAUAUAAAAGAAUUAGAAACUAUAUUAAGUGUUAACGAUAUAGAUUACCAAACAUCCAGCAAUCAGAUUAUUGUUGGUUGGAAGAAUAAAUUUAGAGGAGGAAUUCGUGGAUUAGAUUAUUUUAAGCCUUAUAUAAGCACUCAUCCACAAGGACACAACGUUCAUCAGUCAUCUACUAGAGUACCUGGAAAUACUAGUGUAUAUACAGCUACUAAUCUAAAUCUACAAGAGAAUAGAGAAUAUUAUAGUACUGUACUAGCUUAUAAUAAAGCAGGAUUAUUGAGCUGGGCCAAUAGUGAUGGAAUAUUAAUAGACAAUACAACUCCUACUUCCGGUAUUAUAUAUGAUGGUAAUGAUAUCUAUGAUAAAGAUUACCAAUACUCUACAACAGUUAUAUCAUCAUCAUGGUAUGGUUUUACUGAUAGUGGUACUGGUAUAGUUAAAUAUUACUGGUGUAUUGGUACUGGUAUUAGUACUACAGAUUGUAAUAUACACGACUGGAAGAAUGUAGGAUUAAAUACUAGACUGUCUGUAAACCUAACCUCACCUUUAAAUCAUGGUAUGAAAAUUUAUAAUAAAGUGUAUGCUGUAGAUGGAAGUGGGUUGAAAUCUGAUGUAGCAGUGUCUGAUGGUAUUACAAUUGAUACCACGCCCCCAGUACCGGUUGAUAUAGAUUAUAUUGGAGAAAAUCGCAUCGCCAAUCCAUCAUUUGAAGAAGGCGCGGAGGAAUCAAAUAAGGAAUGUGAUGACCAACCACCAGCUCGUUGGUAUUUUGACUCCACCUCGUGUAUUAAAAUUAUCCAAUCACAACCUUCCGUUUCAAAAGAAGGCGGAACCUAUAUUAAAGUGAAAGGUCAUAUUCAACAAACAGUUUUUGAUUUAAACACCCAAAGUGCUUACCAUGUUAUAGUACAUGUUGGAUAUCCACAUGAUGUUAGCAUUCAGCAUCACAACGUCGAAGGUUUCGUGCAAUUCGGACAAGAAACUCACACUUUCAGCCUUGACCCAGAACGAUGCCAGGGGAUAUGUGACAUCGACCAACAACCAUUAAUAGUAUGGAAUAAAUUUACUUAUGUAUUCCAUCCAAGAGAAGCAAGAGAAGUGAUAAGAAUUGGUACAAGUAAAUUACAUAUGAUAUUAGCUGUAGAUGAUGUAUAUGUACAACAAGUUAAUUAUAUAGAUAUAACAAGUGAUUCUAAUCAUUUAAUACAUUAUACAGUAUUUAGACCUUAUUGGUCAUCUCUUCAUCUUACCUGGCAUUUUAAAGAUGAUCAAAGUCAUAUUACAGAUUAUCAAUGGGCACUAGGAACUGUGAAAGGUGGAACCCAGAUUCAGUCGUUCACAAGUGUUGGCAGAAAUCAGCAAGCUACAGCAUCUGGUCUAAAUUUAGCCCAUAAUACAUUACUUUACUUGACGGUGAUGUCAACCAAUGGCGCCGGACUAACAACUGUCAGCCAAUCAGAGAGUAUUGUUGCCGAUAUGACUCCGCCAAUAAUAUCAGAGAUGAACGAUGGUAUAGAGGAUGAUGUAAAUUUCCAGCUAACCAAACUCAUAUCAGUUAACUGGAAAGUAGGAGAUCUAGAAUCAGGAGUAGAAUAUUGUCAAUGGGCUAUAGGUUCAACGCACGGCGGUGUUGAUAUACAGCCAUUUACUCCUGUACCAGAUAAACAAUCAUUUGCUCAAGUAGAACUCAGUGUUGAUCAAAUACAGAACUCUAAACUAGUUUAUUCUACUGUAAGAUGUUAUAAUAAAGCUGGGUUACCAACUACAGCUACUACUGAUGGCGUUCUGGUUAUAAUCAAAAUGGCUGCCAAAGCGGACGGUCAGAUCGCUAUUCAUCAAGAUGGAGUAUCUGCAUAUACGGUGAAGGGUGAUUGUUAUCCAUUGACUAAUAGUUUACGAUUAAAAUGGGAUUUAGAAAAUACCAGAAUUGGUACCAAGUCUAUACAGGUAUCGGUGUAUGGUCCAGGUUAUAAUUUAGAUAAAGAAGUUCGAGUUACAGAGAUUAGUUAUAACCAGGCUAAAUUAAGAAGUUUAUCACUACAACCUAACUCUAACUAUAAUGUUAGUGUUUCUACUAUUAAUGUAUUAGGAAGACAAGACAAUUCUUUAUCAGCAGUAAUAGCAUCUGUAGCACAACCUCCUAUUUUACAAGCGGAUUCAAAAUUACUAAUUGCAAGAUCAUUUGAUGGUAAAUCAAUGAAAAUGUCAUGGAGAGAUUUAUUUACGUCCACGUGGAAGAACCUGUAUUAUGAAGUCAGUUUAGGAACUUCGCCGGGAGGAGCGGACGUUAUACAAUGGCAAGAGACAAAAGUUGCUUCCCUUACCAUCGAGAUGCCUGAUAUAUCGAAGUUACCAAGAAUAUAUUUAACAAUAACAGCUGUGGACCCCUGCGGUCUUUUCCUACAUUAUAAUCAUACUAUUGUAUUUUAACAUACUGAAAUUAUUAAUUCCAAAUAUCUUUGUAGAUUUUACAAUAUUACCUAUACAAAUAUCAUCCUGUUGCCAAUCUUUAUAAUUUGUUCCGACAUUUUAGUUAUAUAAUAGAUAUAUAAAUAUUAAACCCCGCGGUGUUUCCCGCCAUUAUACUUAAUACAGCAAGAAUAUUCAAUGUUGGAUAUAGUAGAUCUUUAUAAUUCUUUCCUAUAUUAUAAUUAUAGUGGCUGCUGUAAGUAGUAUUCCUAUAUUAUGAUUAGAUAUAUUACAGUGCAGGUUAGUAUUUCCUAUCUAAUUAGGGGCGGUCUAGAAUAGUUCUGCGGUUGUCCACCGGGUUUUAAGCGUUUUAUGUCGCUUCUUGGGGUACUUGUUAUAAAUUUCCAUUUGACGUAAUUAGAAAAUACAGUUGCAUCGGAGAUGUUCGAGUUCGGCCGUAUGUAAAAUUUAAGACAAAGCUUCUAUUCCAUCGCUGAUUGUAUCAAUUCAUAGCGAUUUGUUUACACAUUGUAAGUAUUCAAGGAUUUUCUAUAAUUUAUCGCGUGUAAGGUUUUUUUUUUGGAAUUUGAUAGAAUAAAUUGCAUCUUAUUUUUUUCCUCAGAAAUAAUAUAUUGAUAAUCACGGGACAAAAAUGUAAGUAUCUAUUUAAAAGGUAUAUAUUUACUGCAUUCCUGACCUAUUUUGAAAUUUCUUCCUUGUUCUUUCAGUUUAGCUUGUUUAACAGAGCGUUUGCACUGGGCAUAACCCUCAUCCACGUGCUGUAUUAUUUGGCCUAAUUAUGUUGGAUUGUUGCUCAAAAUAAACUGAAACCUAUCCUCUUUUAUUUGUGUCAAACAUGUCAUGUGGUUGUAUGUGCUGAUUUAUUUUAUUGGAUGUAUAAAAAGCUUAAGCCAG